GCUUGACACACAGCAGCGCUGAGUGCAGCCUGCCUUGCCAGGGUCGGAACCGAAGCUCAAGACAAGAGCAGGAGAAGCGAAACAUCUGGCCACCCAUCAUGAAAGAACAACGGGGUUAAAAAGAUAAUUCGACAAAGUUUAGAGGGAACAAAUGUUAUGAAGGAAGAAUGGAGUUCCCGGACCAUAGCCGCCAGUUGCUGCAAUGUCUGAGUCAGCAGCGUCACCAAGGUUUCCUCUGUGACUGCACUGUUCUUGUCGGAGAGGCUCGAUUCAAAGCACACAGGGCAGUGCUGGCCUCCUGCAGCAUGUACUUCCAUCUCUUCUACAGGGACGAGCUAGACAAAAGGGACGUUGUGCAUCUCAACAGUGACAUUGUGACAGCCCCGGCUUUCAGUCUGCUCCUUGAAUUUAUGUAUGAGGGAAAGUUGGAGUUCAGCACUCUGCCUGUGGAGGAUGUGUUGGCAGCGGCGAGUUACCUCCACAUGUACGACAUCGUCAAAGUGUGUAAAGGCAAGCUCAAAGAUAAGGAGCUGCUGUGCCUAGAGGAGAAAAUGGGCGAGGGCCUGGGCCUGAGCUGUCUGGACAGAGAGAACUCCUCAGACAGUGAGCUGCACAGUAAGCAGCUCGUGCGGCGACAGAUACAUGCUCUGUCUCAGGGGGCUCUGAGGGCACCCCCAGCACAAGACUUUGACAUGGACAACGGCGAAGUCAAGCUGCCUGUCACUGACUGUGACAGGUCUACACAGGGCAAGCAGAAGGCAAACGGUCACUCUGGCAGGUCCCCGGAUCUUGUAGGUGUCAAUUAUGUGUCAGCAGAGGCCGAGCCCUGCCACCCAACAGCUGGAAAAACAAAAGCUGAUGUCAGUAGUUCCACCGUAUCGCUGUCCCAGAGGUCCCGGGCUUCAAAUGACAUGGACUGUGCACUGGAUUUGUCUCUCAAGCCUCUGUCUAGCAAAGAUCCCUUACACCCCUCCUACGUCUCGGGACAGCUGGCCCUCGACAGCCAGCAGCAGGGCACUGAGCCACUUGUUAAAGACGAACACGACUUGCUGUCAGAGCAGGAGGACAGUGAGCCCAUGAGCCCUGAGAGCCAGCGCUUUGGGAAUAGUGCCAGGAGCUCGGUGGUGACAGGGUUCGCUGCCCUCUUCCCAGGCAACAACGGCUCCACGGCCGUCCUGCUCUCCCAGGAGGAGGACCUGAUGGACGACGAGGGGGAGGCGUGUGGGGGGAGAGGGGCCCCGGGCCGCGAGCUGGAGGAGAGGAGGGGCCGACUGUUGGGAGACAGUGAGGAGGAAGAAGAGGAUGACCUGGCCUCUUCUGACAUCUCCACUUCCAGCGGGGUGCUUUUGCCACCGGGCCAACAGGUGUGUGUGUGUCCACUGUGCAGCAAAGUGUUCCCCAGCCCCCAUGUGCUGCAACUGCACCUCAGCUCCCACUUCCGCGAAAAGGACGGGCCUCGCUCCAAGCUCUCCCCCGACGGCUCUGUCCCCACCUGCAUGCAGUGUAACAAGACCUUCUCCUGCAUGUACACGCUCAAGCGGCACGAGCGCACCCACUCUGGCGAGAAGCCCUACACCUGUGGCCAGUGUGGGAAGAGCUUCCAGUACUCCCAUAACUUGAGUCGGCACGCAGUGGUGCACACACGCGAGAAGCCCCACGCCUGCAAAUGGUGUGAGCGCCGCUUCACACAGUCCGGGGACUUGUACCGCCACAUCAGGAAGUUUCAUUGUGGCCUUGUUAAAACUCUUGCCAUUGGAUAAAUGCCUCUCUCUAGUGCCAUGACAAAAGCCUCUUCAUAUGGUCAAUACUACUGAACAACUAUCGCAGCAUACUUACAGUUUACUGGAUCAUAUUAAAGAUGUAGCAACCCUAAAGAUUCCCUGCUGAACUGUGUCAUGAUGGCACUAGUGGUCAGAGGGCGCACAGACUGUUAUGAACAACAUGGGUGCUGUGAAAUUCAGAGCUGGAUUCAUGUCUGUGUUGAACAAAUCAGACGAUGCACUUGUUUGUCUUGUUGGUGUCAAUCUGUUGAGCUUAUCUAAGUUUAUUUGUAAAAAGGAAGGCAUCCUUAUUGUAAUAGUUGGAUGUGAUAAUAACACUGUAGGUUAAUGCAAUCGUCACAGUAAGACUUCAUGUUUAUGGGAGAUUUUACCGUCCACAAGUAGCAAUAUGAUUUUUGACUCCAGCAUUAUUUUAUUAAUAAUAUUAUUAUUAUUAUUUAUUUAUUUUUCAAACUGUUCUAAGAAAAUUCAAAUCGCUUGGCAGCAAAACUUAUGAAGUCCGACCACUGGAAAAAAACUGAAGGAUUUUGUUUUUUGAAUUAUGGGAAUUGAAUGAAGUAAGAUGCGUAUUUAAGGUUUUAAUAAGAAAUAAUUUCCCCUUUUAAAGCUUUUUAGUUGCUCCUGCAUUUUGCUGAAAUGGUUUUCUACUCAUCAAAAGCUAUUUCAUUAUAAGAAGGAUAAUGUCUGCUAAUACUGGCGCCUACACAUCCACCUAGAGUACUUACUUCAAUGACUGCUUAUCAAAUUUAAUAUGAACCAGGAGGAGUUAACUGUCUCCUCUGGAGUGCCAAUUGACCUUUAAGUGUCUUUGAGAAUUUUAAGAAUGUAUGAAUAAGUCAGAAUUGUAUUAAAUGCUUCCAGGUUAAGUGGCCUUGUCCUGGUGUGGCACCAGUUUUAUUUAGAACGAGCCCAAGAGACUAAAACUGAUGGAUUAUGCGCUGUCCCAAGAAAUUAAAGCUAUGCUCCAAGUGCCAUAGAAUAUUUGAAAUCUAUAUUUUUUCCUUUGAAUUAACCCUUAAAUAAAUUCUAGCUGAAUAUGUUAAGUGACUACUGAUAAAGUGGGCGUCUUUGCUGAUGCUGCCGGUGAGAGACUCUUGUGCUAGGUGAUUUUCGGAUGCUGUGUGGAUUCUUCCUGGUGUGUAGCACUAAGUGUUUGAAAUGUGUCUAAUCUUCCUGAGAACACUUGAUCAGAAUUUAUUUAUUAGUUUGACUUGGUUCAGGGUUUACUCUUAGUCUAGUUCUUAUUUCUUUGAAAGACAAUGCGUCUUGACCGCUAACUUGGUACUCAUUAACUGGUAUUGGGGCUGUCUAUUUUCUCUGUGCAAAUCCAGUUACUGUAUUUUAAUAUGCUGUGUAGAAAACCCUUGAGAGAAUGGGAGCUUUUUCACACAGGACAUAGAGAAGCACUUGUUUUUAGCAUGCAUAUAGUUUCAACACUAUUGCCUAGGCUGCUAUUUCGUACAAUUUGUAUAUUUAAUGUAAAUAUAUAUUCUUUAUUUAUGGAGCUGUUUGUUUUCCAUGUUACAACAACAUGUACGAUGUCUUCUUCGGAGACUGCAGUUUUCUUAAUGUGUCUUCCCAGCUUUUUUCUGUUUCUGUAAAAUUUGAACGUAGUCACCGUCACUACAAAUCAAAAGAACGAGCACUGUUCUGUCACAGGAAACAGUUGUUCACAAGCACAGCCACACCGAUCGCCACUGGAUACCUAUAGAACUGGGACAAUACGGGCCAUUGUUGCCACCACCCCCCCUCAAAGUCCCAGGUAGUUCUCAAGGGAUCAUUGUGUAUCACUUCUGCUGUAGCUGUAGGGGUAGAAAAAAAAAGAAAGAAGAAAUGCUCUCCCUCUCUCUUUGCACUUUUCUUUAUUGAAUGGAGACAUUGGAAUGUGAGAAAUGUAUUUAAGCAAAGGGAGACCAAGGAGACUGUAAACAGGUGUAUUGUUCGAAAGCAUCAAAGAACAGCCCCCGCCCCUCCUCUAUUAUUCAAGCAUGACGGAGAUAAACUUGCAUUGUUUCUACAGAGAUGACAUACAUUACCUUGCACAUUCAUCUAGACAGAGAGUUUUCAAUGCUUCUUGUUUUUGUAAUU